CGAGGAAUGGAAUGAUUUAGAGAAAUCGAGCUCUUUGACGACGGCCAUGGAGGUUCUCUCUAUAUAACUCUGCUCACGCCCGCUUCAUCGCUUCCAGACUUGGAGCCUCUUCUGACUAGCUUCCACUGGAAUCCAUUUGAUCGCUUCCAGGAGCCGUUCCAGGGUGAUCGAGAGGAGGGUGUGUAAAUCGGCCGAGAUCGGCUCGAUUUGGGGGUUUUCCGAUGGCGUUCUUCAGCGGGAACUGGCCAUUGUGCUACGAUCGAGGCGAGUGGCUUAAGUUUUGAUGGAAUCGAUUGAGUCCACACGUAUCUCCGGCGUCCGAUCGGGGAGUUCCAACACCUGCGUGGCAGAGAUCGCCGAAUCCUUCCGCUUCGAGGAGGAGAUCCAGAGCCUGAUCGUUCACCCUAACUUCGAGGCAUCUCCACGAGUCUCGUUCACCGCGCUGCUAGGCCUCUCCGGCGACCAGGCCACGGGGCUCCUCCACCAGCAGGGCCACGCCGCGGCCGUCUCUUCCCCUGCUGGCGCAGCCGAAAUGCAGCGGUUCCGCCUCGGCGCCGAUCGCGCGAUGGGGGAGUUCCGCCUUCCUCUCGAAUGCUCCUCGACGUUCCCUUCAGAUGCUGUUCUCGUCGAUCGCGCCGCGAGGUUCUCUGUCUUCGCAUCCGAGGAGUCCCCCGCGUCGAGCUCCAGCGGCGGCGGCGGCGGCAUCUCGCCACGGCUGAAGGUGGAACAGCUGGACUCCGAGUCGCUCCAUUCCGUCCCCGUCCCCGUCCCCGUCCUCCCCUCCCCAAAGCCGCUGCGAUCACCGGCGAAGAGGAAGGAAACGUGUGAAAAAAGCAAGGCCAAGGGAACGGCAAAAAAAAUCAAAACCGCCGAGGAAGACCAGGACCCAACCAAGGCCACAGCCACAGAGGAAGACACCGCCGGCGACAAGCUCCCCUACGUUCACGUCCGCGCUCGCCGGGGACAAGCAACCAAUAGCCACAGCUUAGCGGAGCGGGCUCGAAGGGAGAAAAUAAAUGCGAGGAUGAAGCUUCUGCAAGAGCUGGUCCCCGGUUGCAGCAAGAUAACAAGUACGGCUUUAGUGCUCGAUGAAAUCAUCAACCACGUCCGGUCCCUGCAAAGGCAAGUCGAGUUCUUGUCGAUGAGACUAACAGCGAUCAACCCACGCAUCGACCUUAGCUGCCUCGACGCCUUUUUAUCUACUCAGUACGGAAGAGAAGCUCUGGACUUGGAUUCUGGGCCGUGGUCGCUGCAUUCCGCCGCGGAUGACGACAGCGUGCGGCGACUACUACUGCCGCGGCAGCAGCAAGUCUGGCACCUCGACCUGCUCCGCCCCCAGCAAUCAUUCAUGGCGUGGGAGAGGGAUGCGACGGCGAAUCGCCACGCACUUCUCUUUCCUGGAUCCGCGACCUCUUCCCUCUUCGGCUACGACUCCUGAUCCGGUUCAGAGUGUGGAUGGGGAAAGGAAAGGAAUCAACGAUAGAAAAUUAUCUUUAGAGGAAGAGAAAAGAAAGGGUGAAAAAUUUUUUUCCUUUACACAUUUGUUUACCUUGAUAGAGGAAGGUGAAUACUUAUAAUGUAAUUUUGUAAAUAAAAAAGGGUGCAUGCAUCA